UUCACAACGUAGAAAGUGAAAGCGAUCUCUGGCUAGUCUCUAGACUUAAUCUCCGCUGGGAGGUUUUCAUCAAGAAGAACAACAAUUACAGUAGCUGCAAUGUGGCUAACCCCGAUUGCAGGCGCUCUGAUCUUGCUCCUCGCCUGGGAUUUUGUACGAAAACGCCAUCGAGUCACAACCUUGGCCAAAUCCAAGAUCAAGGGACCCCUGUCAGUUCCGAUCCUAGGAUGUGGUAUCCAGGCUUUGUCCCUGGGAGCGGAGAAUUUCCUUCAAUAUGGGGACGAAUUGUUUGAGAAAUAUGGCAAGAGCUUUUGCUUUUGGGUUCUCGGUGAAUGCGCAGUGUAUACAAAGGAUCUUAAGGAUAUUGAAACAGUUCUAACCAGUACCACGCUCUUGGAAAAGGGUCAACUCUAUCGUUUUCUACGACCCUUCCUCAACGAUGGACUUCUAGUCAGCACGGGCAGGAAGUGGCAUGCCAGGAGAAAGGUCUUCACCAAUGCCUUCCACUUCAAGGUCCUGGAACACUAUAUGGAAAUAAUGGACAGAAAUAGCGGGGUGUUGGUGGAGAAACUGAGGAAGGUGGCUGGUGGCAAGACACCGGUGGAUAUAAUUCAGCAUGUUUCUUUAGCUGCAUUGGAUGUAAUCACAGAGGCCGCCAUGGGUGUCCAGGUGAAUGCCCAGAACGACCCCGAUUUUCCGUACAUCAAGGCGCUCAAAAAUGUGGUCUAUAUCCAACCGGAUCGCAUGUUCAAAGUAUCGCAGCGCUACGACUGGCUCUUCCCCCUGUUGGCGCCACUGCUCCACCGGCAGCUCGUGAACGAUAUCCGCGUCAUGCACGAAUUCACCGACAAGGUCAUUCGCGAGCGGCGGGCAACGGUGGAGCGGGCUAAAGCCGACGGCAGUUACCGGCCACUGGUUCCAGGUGAUGCCGAUAUCGGCAGAAAGUCACAGAUGGCUCUGUUGGACAUCUUGCUCCAGGCGACCAUCAACAAUGAACCCCUCAGCGAUGCGGACAUCCGCGAGGAGGUGGAUACCUUCAUGUUCGCGGGGGAUGACACCACCAGUAGUGGUGUCUCCCACGCCCUGUACGCCAUUUCACGGAAUUCGAAGAUCCAGCAACGCAUAUACGAGGAAUUAGUAGAGGUCCUUGGUCAAGAUCCCUCCACUCCAGUCACCCAAACGAUGCUGUCGGAGCUAAAGUAUCUGGAAUGCGUUAUCAAGGAGACCAUGCGUCUAUAUCCUCCAGCUCCCGUAGUUGGAAGAUACACCACCAUGGACUUGGUUAUCGGAGAAAAGGUCAUUCCUGCCAACACGAGCAUUUAUCUAGUUCCAUACUUUGCCCACCGGGAUCCGGAUUACUUCCCAGACCCGCUCACCUUUAAGCCUGAACGUUUUCUGGACGGAGAGGAGGAAGCCCACGCGACCUUCGCCUAUGUGCCCUUUAGUGCCGGACCCAAAAACUGCAUUGGCCAAAAGUUUGCCAUUUUGGAGAUGAAAUCUUUGAUCAGCAAGGUUAUAAGAUACUACGAACUACUCCCCCUCGGGGAAGAUGUCAAGCCCAUGCUGAACUUCAUCUUGCGUUCGUCCACGGGCAUUAAUGUGGGUUUGCGGCCCAGAAAUCUUAAAUAGGGAAAGCCCCUUUCUCAGUCAUUUGGUUAAGGUUUCAAUUAAAGGUAACUGGGUUACUUGUGAUAUAGAGUUGUUAAGAUUAUUAUCAAAUAAAUAAAUAAAUAAAAAGCCUUGCUUAAAGGAA